GGUAACAAGCUUUAAGAUGGAUUUACCUCCUGUAGUGAUUGAUUGUGGGACAAGAUACACAAAACUUGGAUAUGCCGGUUAUAGUGAACCUCAAUUUAUUAUUCCUUCAACUGGUGUUGUUAAAGGUGCGGACCCCUCUGCCCUUGACAAUGGGGGGCGUUGGACUAACUACUUGGGGAUGUAAU